AGAUAGACAUUGGCCGGUGGCCUCGUCACAAAUCCUAAAAUAUCCAAAAAAGGAUUCGAAAACUUUUUUUUUUUUUAAGAAUCCAAAACCUUUCUCCAUUCCUCCAAUUCCCAACACAAAGCAAACCACAGGAUUCGAUUGAGCUUUUCCCAUUUUAUCAGAAAAAGUUUCGUUUUUUAUUUUUGUUGAAACGGAUAAAGGAAAACACUUUCAAUCUCCUUUUCACUUGUUAAGGUUUUGGGUGUCUCUGUUUGAUGAGGUGCGAGGAGAUUCCUCCUCUGUUCUUCUCUGUAUCUAAUGGAAGACAAUGAUAAGUCUCCUUCCCCCAAGGAUUACUAUAAGAUUCUGGAAGUUGAUUACGACGCAACUGAGGAACUGAUCAGAGUCAAUUAUCGGAAGCUUGCUUUGAAAUGGCAUCCUGAUAAGCACAAAGGAGAUAGUUCAGCUACAGAGAAAUUUAUAGAGAUAAAUGAUGCUUAUAACGUGUUGAUGGACCCUGCUGCACGUUUUGAAUAUGAUUUAACCGGUAUCUAUGAGAUCCACAAGUAUACUUUACGGGAAUAUCUUGCUAGAUUUAAGGGAAUGAUACUCACUUGCAAUGGCCUUGGCAUCAGCCAAUCCUCAUCACCAUGGACACAUCAAUUGUCUGAGACCACCAACAAAACAACAGACUAGCAAGGAUAACACACAAGUUAGAGGAGAGCUGUAAAACUAUGUCAAGAUUCUCAAACACUGUUUCCUUUAGCAUUUGUGUUUUGUUGGAAGCAUUGAGGAUAUAUUGAAAUGCUUUAAUUAGAUGUUGUAUUGUUUCUUAGCCGAUGUAGAAUUAGAGAAGAGUAUAUGAAUCUCUGGUUUCGAUUCAUACAUUUACACAGUUGUGAUGAUUCAGUUCUUGUACUACUACUAGUCUACUUACUACUACUCAUCAUUCGUUGGUUUUCAGACUUAGAGACAUCAAAGUAAAUAAUACAAUGAAUGAAUUUUG